AUGAGCAACUCACAAUUCAAAACCGUAACUAUUGCUGGAGGAACGGGUACUUUAGGUUAUGCUAUCUCUGAGGCAUUUUUGAAUGAUGGAUCUUAUAAUGUAAAGAUUCUUCGAAGAAAACCAGAAAAUGAAAAUGAGAAAGCUAAAUUAUUGGCUUCCAAGGGUGCAGAAAUUGUAUAUGCGGAUUAUAAUCAAAAAGAUGAACUUGUCAAAGCUCUUAAAGGAACCGACGUUCUUGUCAGUGCUGUAUGUUUUGAUAAAAAAACAGCUGUUACGGGCUUUUACGAUAUUCAAUCUCCAUUGUUAGCCGCUGCUAAAGAAGCAUCCGUGAAGAGGUUCAUCCCAUCCGAAUUUGCUCUUGUGUAUAAGCCAGGAGUUCAUCCAGUAGUGGACGAUAAAAUCAAAUUUCGGGAAGAAUUAGAAAAAAGUGGGCUUGAGUACACGUACAUCCAAACCGGAUUAUUUCAAGAGUACCUUUACUGGAUAGGAUAUGAUAUUGUGAACAAGAAAGCUACAUUUUUUGGUGAUGGCAAUACAAAACUAUAUACUACAUCUUUACCCGAUAUUGGCAAGUAUACCGUUGAAUCACUUAAAAUACCAGAGACUCGUAACGCUCAAAUUAAUGUUGCUGGUGCAACCUUGUCAUUAAAUGAGUACCUUAAAAAGUUUGAAGAAGUUACUGGUUCGAAGUGGGAAGUUGUUGAAGAUAGAGAUGUUCGACAUCGAUACCAAAACAAUAUCGACCCCGUUCCUUCGGCCGCUGAUGAUUUCAGAGCACUCGUUACGGAAACUACGAAAUUCGAUGAGAUUGACAAUGACAAAUUCAGCUUUACUCCUCAACCUAUUACCGAAACCAUUGAAAUUCUUGUGAAGCAAGCGUAAAAUUUAGGUUCUAAUUAUUUAUCAUUUUAUCAGAAGUUUCAUAUGAUAGAUUAUACGUUUAUUUUU